AUGCAUCUCUUCCUCAUCUAUUUCGGGUUUUUCUUGUCCCUACACUUCCCUGGAUGUUCUGCUGCCAUGGACGCCAUUACAUCUAGGCAAGCACUUGUCGGCAACGACAGGAUCAUCUCUAAUAACGGCAAGUUUGCUCUCGGCUUCUUCCAGACAGGCAGUAAGUCCUCCCACAACACCCUGAACUGGUACCUAGGCAUAUGGUACAACAACGUCCCCAAGCUAACUCCGGUAUGGGUAGCAAACGAUCAUAACCCAGUUACAGACACCACCACGUCGGAGCUGAUAAUAUCCAGUGAUGGCAACCUCGUCAUCUUAAACCAAGUCACUAUGUCCAUCAUCUGGUCUACCCACACGAAUACCACAAGCAACAAUACCAUUGCUACGCUAUUGAACAGCGGAAACCUCAUCCUACAGAACUCCUCGAACUCAUCAAAUGUGUUGUGGCAGAGCUUUGAUUACCCCACAAAUACCUUCCUUCCUGGUAUAAAACUAGGUUGGAACAAGGUCACGGGUCUGAAUCGCCGUCUGGUUUCUAGGAAGAACUUGAUUGACCUAGCCCCUGGCAGAUAUGGUGAAGAAUUAGACCCAAGUGGUGCCAAUCAGUACAUCUUUACACAGCUGAACUCGUCCAUACCAUAUUGGUCGAGUGGGGUAUGGAACGGCCAAUACUUUCCGUCAAUACCAGAGAUGGCAGGCCCUUUUGUUGUAAAUUUUACAUUUGUCGACAAUGACCAAGAGAAGUACUUCACGUAUAACUUACUAGACGAGACAAUCAUUUUCCAUCAUCUGUUGGAUGUCUCAGGUCAAACAAAAUCUUUCCUUUGGCUUGAGAGCUCACAAGACUGGGUGAUGACCUAUGCCCAACCCAGAGUUCAAUGUGAUGUAUUUGCUGUUUGUGGACCAUUCACAAUUUGUAAUGAUAAUACAAUUCCAUUCUGCAACUGUAUGAAAGGAUUCUCCAUAAGAUCACCUAGUGACUGGGAGCUAGAUGAUCGAACAGGCGGCUGUGUGAGAAAUACUCCAUUAGAUUGCGGUAUCAACAAAAGCAUAAGUGAGGAAGACAGGUUCUACCCUAUCACAUGUGUUGGAUUGCCCAAUAACGGACACAGCACAGAAGAUGCUACAAGUGAAGAUAAAUGUACCGAAGUUUGCAUGGGCAGCUGCACUUGCACUGCAUAUUCCUAUGGUGUCAAUGGAUGUUUUAUUUGGAAUGGUGAAAUUAUUAAUGUGAAGCAGCAACAAUGUGAUGAUACUACAAAUACUAACAAAGCCACUCUUUACAUGCGCCUAGCCAACAGAGAGGUACAAAGGUUGGAAAGCAACAGAAGACGGAUAAUCAUCGGCACAGCAAUUGGUGCAAGUGUUGCUUUCUGCGGUUUAUUGUCACUCUUCUUGCUACUGAUGAUUAAGAGGAACAAGAGGUUGUCUGCUCAUAGAAUGGAAAACCUUCAAGGUGGUGGGGGCAUUAUUGCGUUUAGAUAUGUUGAUUUGCAACGUGCAACAAAAAACUUCUCCGAGAAGCUAGGGGCAGGUGGUUUUGGUUCUGUAUUCAAGGGGUUUCUAGAUGACUCCACUGCCAUAGCAGUUAAAAGGCUUGAUGGUGCUUGCCAAGGAGAGAAGCAAUUCAGAGCUGAAGUGAGAUCAAUUGGCUUCAUUCAGCAUAUCAAUCUAGUUAAUCUAAUUGGCUUUUGUACUGAGGGUGACGGUAGGUUGCUUGUCUACGAACACAUGCAAAAUCGUUCUCUUGAUGCUCAUUUAUUUCACAAUAAUGGUACAAUUUUGAAAUGGAGCAUUAGGCAUCAAAUAGCUCUUGGAGUUGCUAGAGGACUGGUCUACUUGCAUGAUAGUUGCCAGGAUUGCAUCAUACAUUGCGACAUUAAGCCAGAGAACAUACUUCUAGAUGCGUCAUUUGUUCCGAAAAUAGCAGAUUUCGGGAUGGCAAAGUUUCUCGGAAGGGAUUUUAGUCGAGUUCUCACUACAAUGAGAGGAACAAUUGGAUAUCUAGCACCUGAAUGGAUUAGCGGAACUGUUAUUACAGCAAAAGUUGAUGUCUACAGCUAUGGCAUGGUUUUGUUGGAAAUUGUAUCAGGGAAGAGGAACUCAGGUAGACAGUAUACAACCGGUGAUGAUUAUGUCUAUUUCCCUGUGCAAGUUGCAAACAAACUACUGGAGGGGGGUGUGGGGAGUCUGGUGGACAUCAAUCUACAUGGCGAUGCCCAUUUGGAACAGGUGGAAAGAGCUUUGAAGAUUGCAUGCUGGUGUAUUCAAGAUGACGAGUUUGAUCGACCCACAAUGGGUGACGUUGUUCAAAGUCUUGAAGGCCUUCUUGAAGUCAACAUACCCCCAAUGCCAAGACUACUUCAAGCUAUUGCAGGGAAUCAACAUUCAACAUGUAAGCACGACUUUAUUUACGCAAACAUCUUAAUUCAAGAACAAUUAUUUGUCAUGCUGGAAGCCUGGAAUCCAAGAAAAUAA